AAGAGAUACAGGAAGUAAACAAACUGAUGGAGCUCUCAAAAAAAGAAAACAAGACGUUGCUAGCUUCGUGCAAGUGAUACAGUUGCCAUGACCGGUUGUAUCAUUUUACUUGUUGUACUUUCCGAAACAUCCAGCUAGCUACAUUGACUAAGGUAAAUUUAGCAAGGGUAAUUUAGCUUAAAAAGUAUAGGAACGCUUGGCUAGCUACUGUAGCAAGCUAACGAAAGGAAAGGCGACCCGGCUAGCAAACUAACAGUAGCUCCCCACCAUAACCAGACAUCCCAUCAUAUCAAUAAUAUAAUAGAACAUGUCAUCAGUUAAUUGUAAAGUCAAUGUGUCAUUACAAAAUCGUUAGAUGAACUAGCUAAGUGGAUUUUCACUUUUACAUGGCAACAAGCUAGCUUAGUACAGUAGCUAGCUAGUAUAACGGUAACUAGCUAGCUAGGUCCGCUCCACUGUUAAUAGCCAGAGCUACUCAUCUAACCUAGCACCGGUAGCUAGCUAGCUAGCCAGGCAAUAAUACAAAUUAUUCCUGCAGGUUGCAGAGAAGAAAUUAGUUUAUCACAGAUAAUAAAUGAACUAGCUAUGCCUGUGUUGCCAGGUAAAUAAUGUGAAGUGAAAUGAAUCUAACGUUACUUAUUUUGUAUUUCUUUUUGUAGACACUGAAUAUAAAAGUCAUAUGAAGAGCCAUGUCUCACACUCAGUCCGAGACGGUUGGCCCAAUUCAGUGGACCAUGGCGGAGCUACUGGGUCAGAGGAGCCUACUGGGCUUUGGAGCUCUUCUGACAUGGCUGAUUCUCUUCCAUUUACUGGUGAACGUAUGGCUGCUGUGUGUCUUCACCAGUCUCCUGGUGGUCAUGGGGGGCUGGCUGGGAUCUCAGGCUGUCCUGGACUCCAACAGCGUUGUUCACCUAGAGAGGUUCAUCACAUUGGAAAGGGUCCCUCCUUCGCCUGAGAGUGAACGGCAGCUAGACCACGAGAUACAGACCACCGUGCGCAAGAUAAUCCGAGACUUUGUGUCCUCCUGGUACUGCAUAGUGUCCUCGGAGCGGGACUUUGAGGUCGAGGUGCAAAGUGCCAUGUACUCCAUGGCGAUGGAGCUGAAGAAUCGGUCAAGAAGAGUGGAUAGGAAGGUCCUGACCCAGAGGGUUUUGGACCUGUGUGGCGGCCACCUUCAGAGCUACCUGAGAGCCAAAGAAGUCAUGGCCGAGCUGGAGAAGCAACCGGAUGGAGAGAACAGCCUCUGGAAAGCAUACUCCCAGGUCUGCACACCUCACCCUGCUGUGAAGAGCUCAGCCAUGGAGGUGAACUACGCCAGGGCUAUUGUUGACCUGCUGCUGCAUGUCCUUGUCCCUCCGCCUCACCUGGAAACCCGAACGGGAAGGUUUGUGGUCGGAGAGCUCAUCACAUGCAAUGUCCUUCUCCCCUUCAUUACGAAACUAUCGGAUCCAGACUGGCUGAACCUGUUAAUCAUUUCCGUUUUCACCAAGUCAAGUAUGCAAGCCCCCAAAGCCUCAGAACCACCAAAACCACCAUCACUGCCACAGCUCACUGUCUUAGAGCAGGAUCAGCCCCAGCAAGACAUUCAGGUCCCUUGCUCUUUACCCUUAAGGAUCCUAUCAGAAACACCUAACGACACAGAGGUUGCCACACCUGAGUUGGCUGCUUACGAUAUCAUCGACUCGGCAGAGUUGUACUGCCCUCAGAAUAAUAUAGAGGAAGAAGAGCCUAGACAGGCUAGACAGUACAUUGGUAUCUGCCCAAUGGACUACCUGAGACCAGUCAAAUCCAACCCGUUCUACCAAGAGACCGACUCAGAUCUGGAUUCGCCACUGACAGAUUUCAAGAGGAGCUCCAUGGAGUCCCUGGUUCUGAUUGGUGCGGAGGAAGCGCUGUCGGACCGUUUCCGAGAGUGUGCCAAGCCCACUGACAUCAGCAGCGUCAUGGAUCUGGAGGAUGACCUCCGGGUUUACCCUGGCCUAGCCGAGGUCACUUCCUCCCCCAAAGUUGUGGUCUCUGAACAACAGGAUCACCCCGACGCCUUCGCUAAUGCGUUGUGCACCAUGACGGAGGACGUUCCCUCGAGUGUCCGCAGCCUCCAGGACCUGGAGACGAGGGACAGCGGCACCAGUCCAGAGAGAGAGCUGCUGAGCGUGGACCUGGCGGUUGGCUGCCACUCCAACGGGCUGAUGGCGUCGGUGAGCGGCCCUCUGCAGACCUCCUCCCCCAUGGUGCCCCUGCCCUCCUUCAGCUUCGAGCCCCUCAGCAGCCCCGAAGGCCCGAUCAUCAUCCAGAACCUUCGCAUCCCCGGGACCAUCACGGCCAAGGAGCACCGUGGCACCGGCUCGCACCCGUACACUCUCUACACGGUCAAGGUGAGUUAUUAUUGCAAGGUGAAUCUGUUUGUUGUUUAAUGUAUGGAGAACAGUAUGGAGAACAUUCCAUGUUGGUGGUUUGAAUAGGCUAGGUUACAUAUGUGUCUAUUCAUAGCUAUAGGCUACUGAAACACAACUUGUUCUGAUCAUUGAUGAGGUGUGUUGGUCUUAAGGCCAGAACACUGAGUAGAGGAAAGAAAAGGUAAGUAGUGGAAAUGGAAGUUUAGAGAUUAUUUUAGUCUAUAUUAAUCUAGUUUGUUUUAUGUUAAAACAUAUGUCUUUUAGUAUGAAACAGCAAUGGACUCUGAUAACCCAGGGUCUAUCCAGCCAGUUGCCUAUCACACAGUCAACCGCCGAUAUAGUGAGUUUCCUCAACCUACAGACCCGCUUGGAGGAGAAAUCAGACUUGCGAAAACUCAUCAAAAGUAAGUAUUGUUAUCUGAACAAUGACAGGCGUUUUAGUUCCGUGUGUCAUGUGGAACUAGACUGGGUGUCUUUCUUACAGCUUCUAACUGAUCUUAUUAACAUGGUUUAGAUGUGAAAGGACCAAAGAAAAUAUUUCCAGACUUGCCGUUUGGUAACAUGGACAGUGACAAAGUUGAGGCCAGGAAAGGGCUGCUCGAGACUUUUCUCAAGGUUGGUGGAGGAAUAACAUCUUAACUCAAGCCUUGGGAAUUAAAAAAAAAAUGUUCUAUUAGUUUUGUGCUCUGUAAACUGCAUGUAUUAUACACUUUAAUGUAAUAUUGCACAUUGUCAUAUAGGCAUGAGUGGACUUUAUUUGGAUGAAUUAACAUAUCAGCGUUCAUGACAUUACACAAUCAAAUACAAUCUUAUUCAUCACGUGCUUCGUAAACAACAGGUGUAGACUAACAGAAACUAAGCAUUUCGCUGUUAGUCCACACCUGUUGUUACAUGUGACAAAAUAAAAUGUGAUUUGAUUGUUACAUGAAAACUAACACUCAUGUCCCCUAUUUGUCAGCAACUUUGUGCUAUACCCGAAACUGCCAACAGUGAAGAAAUGCAGGAGUUUCUUGCUCUUAAUACAGAUGCAAGAAUUGCCUUUGUCAAGAAGCCGUUCAUCGUAGCACACAUAGACAAGGUAUGUGAUAGUAUUGAUAAUCACUUUAACUAACUAGGCCUGUAGCAUUAGAAACAAGGAGAUGCAUUACAGAAAACCUCAAAACAUGGAGAGUGAGAAACUUACAGAGGCAUAAAUCAUACCCUCCAAAACAUUUUUACCUGCCCUGUAAUUGGUAAUGGUGAGAGGUUAGAAUGUUUUGGGGGCAUGAUCUUCGUGCAUCUGUAACUUUCUCACUUAUCAUUAUUCACGAUUCAUUCCUGAUUAUCCGUAAUCAUGGUAGCGUCCACAUUAAUGUAGAAGUGUUCAGAAACAUAUUCUAUUCUUAUUUACAGUAAAAGUGACUCCAAAAUGACACAAUACAUGAUUUACCAUUCAUUUCUAUUAGGCACAAAAUUAUCUGAAAUACAACCAAAACAAACUGCAAAUGCAUCCAACAAGUUUGUGGAUUCACAAGCUUAAUGUAGUCAUUGAGAGCUAGGAAUAUGGGACUAAAUACUAUACUUUUUACUCAAUUUAAUACACUAUAAUGGGGGGACUAGAUACAUAAAGUGCGUUCAUUUCUAAACGGUAAAACAGAUAUGUAUGAAAAUACUCUCAAAUAAAAGGUGACAUUAUGUACUGUCGCUUCAUAUAAAACAUUGGAUCUCAAAUCCAAAAUGCUGGAAUAUAGAGCCAAAUGAAACAUUUUUGUUUCACUGUCCAAAUUCAGUAAAUACGUAGGGGAGUGUAACUGUGUGAACAAAUGGCUCUGUAGAUUGUGGAUACCUUGAAGACGGCGUUUCCUCGCUCAGAGCUACAGAGCCCUACAGAAGACAUGGACGGAGAUACUGAGGGAAAGCCUUCCUCGGAUAAGAAAAACAAGUAAGUCAAAUGAACUCCUCCUUCUGUAGAACAAUACAAUAAAUGGUGUCUCAAUAAUAGAAUCAGGGUUGGGAAGUAACGGAAGCUCAUUAGGUAAUCACAUUACAAGAAUGAAGUAACUGUAAUCAGCCCAGAUUGGAUUACAGUUACAUUCUUAAAAUCAGCUGAUUACAUAUUGCAUUACUUCUUCUAAUAUCAAGAUGUGGGCUGCAAGUGUUUGCCUCAAACACACAGAAAUGGCAGGUAUUUGAAAGCUGUUUUGAGCCACACUGCUUGGAAGUCACCUUUCACCUUUCUGUUCUAAUCUAUUUUGAAAUCUGCUUGGUUGCGUUCCUCAGAAACUUUUUUCAACCAAAAAAAGUCAGAGAACUGAAUCCUGCCACAUUUAAUCAGGAUCGUUGUGUAGAAAGGUUGUCAUUGAUUAGUCAAUACAGUUCCACCCUGUUCACUCCCCAAGCACUGGCAUGACAGACAUGACAAUCAGCUACUUAAUCUGCUAAAUCUAAAGUUUCAGUGGAAAUGAGUACACUGAAAUCUGUCUUUGAAGUCAUACCAGACUGUUAAAUGAAGGGAGGGCCAGAUAUACAAAUGACCAUUUCCUAUUUUGCUAGCCACAAUCUGUUUGGUGGCUGGGUGUAGACAUAUAAUUUCACAAUCAAAGAAUGAGGGUUGGAAAGCUAUUCCUUGAACUUGACAGUAAAGCUGACCUUUUGCUUGAAAAACAAGAAACAAACCUGCCAAUAUUACUGUUUUGUCCCUCUUGAGACGCCGUAUCAAUAACAUAGCCAGGACACUUCCUCAAAAUAGUCUCAAAUUAAUCUAAGAUAACUCAAUAAAUCUGUAAUUAAUUUGGAUGUUUUUGCCUUGGAGUUCUUAGUCACGCAAUUGUACAUUUAGCUAAGAUGUUUGGUGCAGUAUUUCUCAGGUGAAAAGAUUUGCAUGAAAACGGGUCGUCUGUCGAUGAAUGACAACACUUCAUUGAAGAAUCGUUAGACUUCGGCUACCGAACUUCGACAAGCUUCAAGAAAACAUUUUGUGUGCUCAAGCAGCCCAAAAACCUCCUGCCGAACACCAAAACAAACCAAAACGUCCCAAAAUGUUGUCAUAAUAUAUGCACAAACUGUUUCGACUGGGAAGCGGUGACGGAGUUUAUCAGGAAGUGUAUAGGUGAUGUUGUGCCCACUGUGACUAUUAAAACCUACCCUAACCAGAAACUGUGGAUAGACGGCAGCAUUCGCGCAAAUCUGAAAGCGCGAACCACCGCAUUCAACCAUGGCAAGGUGACUGGGAAUAUGGCAGAAUACAAACAGUGUAGCUACUCACUCCGCAAGGCAAUUAAACUGGCAAAAUAUCAGUAUAGAGACAAAGUGGAGUUGCAAUUCAACGGCUCAGACACGAGACGUAUGUGGCAGGGUCUACAGACAAUCACGGACUACAAAAAGAAAACCAGCCACGUCGCCGACACAGACGUCUCGCUUCCAGACAAGCUAAACACCUUCUUCACCCGCUUUGAGGAUAACACAGUGCCACUGACGAGGCCCACUACCAAGGACUGUGGCCUCUCCUUCUCCAUGACCGACGUGAUUAAGACAUUUAAGCAUGUUAACCCCCGCAAGGCUGCCUGUCCAGACGGCAUCCCUAGCCACGUCCUGGCUGGUGUGUUUAUGGACAUAUUCAAACUCUCCUUUUCCCAGUCUGCUGUUCCCACAAGCUUCAAGAUGGCCACCAUUGUUCCUGCACCCAAGAAAGCAAAGGUAACUGAACUAAAUGACUAUCGCCCUGUAGCACUCACCUCUACCUUACCUGUCACCCUAGACCCACUUCAAUUUGCUUACCGCCCCAAUAGAUCCACAGAUGAUGCAAUUGCCAUCACACUGCACACUGCCCUAUCCCAUCUGGACAAGAGGAAUACCUAUAAGAAUGCUGUUCAUUGACUAUAGCUCAGCAUUCAACACCAUAGUACCCUCCAAGCUCAUCAUUAAGCUUGAGGCCCUGGGUCUGAACCCCGCCCUGUGCAACUGGGUCCUGGACUUCCUGACGGGCCGCCCCCAGGUGGUGAAGGUAGGAAACAACAUCUCUGCUUCGCUGAUCCUCAACACUGGGGCCCCACAAGGGUGCGUGCUCAGCCCCCUCCUGUACUCCCUGUUCACCCAUGACUGCGUGGCCAAGCACGCCUCCAACUCAAUCAUCAAGUUUGCAGAUGACACAACAGUAGUAGGCUUGAUUACCAACAAUGACGAGACUGCCUACAGGGAGGAGGUGAGGGCUCUGGGAGUGUGGUCCCAGGAAAUAACCUCUCACUCAACAUCAACAAAACAAAGGAGAUGAUCGUGGACUUCAGGAAACAGCAGAGGGUGCACCCCCCUAUCCACAUCGACGGGACCUACAGUGGAGAAGGUGGAAAGCUUCAAGUUCCUUGGCGUACACAUCACCGACAAACUGAAAUGGUCCACCCACGCAGACAGUGUGGUGAAGAAGGCGCAACAGAGCCUCUUCAACCUCAGGAGGCUGAAGAAAUUUGGCUUAUCACCUAAAACCCUCACAAACUUUUACAGAUGCACAAUUGAGAGCAUCCUGUCGGGGUGUAUCACCGCCUGGUACGGCAACUGCACCGCCCACAACCGCAGGGCUCUCCAGAGGGUGGUGCGGUCUGCCGAACGCAUUACCGGGGGCAAACUACCCGCCCUCCAAGACACAUACAGCACUCGAUGUCACAGGAAGGCCAAAAAUAUAAUCAAGGACAUCAACCCCCCGAGCCACUGCCUGUUCACCCCGCUAUCAUCCAGAAGGCGAGGUCAGUACAGGUGCAUCAAAGCUGGGACCGAGAGAAUGAAAAACAGCUUCUAUCUCAAGGCCAUCAGACUGUUAAAUAGCCAUCACUAGCACAUUAGAGGCUGCUGCUGCCUAUUGAAAUCACUGGCCACUUUAAGAAAUGGAACACUAGUCACUUUAAUAAUGUUUACAUAUCUUGCACUACUCAUCUCAUAUGUAUAUACUGCAUUCUAUUCUAUAAUAUUAUUCUGUAUCUUAGUCCAUGCCGCUCUGUCAUUGCUUGUCCAUAUAUGUAUAUUUUCUUAAAUCCCAUUCCUUACUUUUUUGUGUGUAUUGGGUAUAUGUUGUGUAAUUGUUAGAUAUUUCUGCACUGUCGGAGCUAGAAGCAUUUCGCUACACCCGCUAUAACAUCUGCUAAACACGUGUAUGUGACAAAUACAAUUUGAUUUGAUAAGCUUUAGAGAGGGAACUGAUCGUUCUGCAACAAACUGACGAGGCAGAUGCUGGUUUACCAAGGCGUUAAUCCAAAAGUAAUCAGAUUACAUUACUCAUUUUGACUAAUACAAUGGAUUAUUUUACUAAUUACUUUUAUUGUCAUGUAAUCUGUAAUUGCAUUUUUCAAUUAAUCCGUCCAACCCUGAGGAUAUACACUGAGUGGACAGAACAUUAUGAACACCUGCUCUUUCCAUGACAUAGACUGACCAGGUGAAUGUAGGUGAAAGCUAUGAUCCCUUAUUGAUGUCACCUAUUAAAUCCACUUCAAUGAGUGUAGAUGAAGGGGAGGAGACAGGUUUAAGAAGGAUUUGAAAGCCUUGAGACAAUUGAGACAUGGAUUGUGUAAGUGUGCCAUUCAGAGGGUGUAGUGUCUUUGAACAGGGUAUGGUAGUAGGUGCCAGGCGCACCGGUUUGAGUGUGUCAAAAACUGUAACGCUGCUGGGUUCUUCACGCUCAACAGUUUCCCAUGUGUAUCAAGAAUGGUCCACCACCCAAAGGACAUCCAGCCAACUUGACACAACUGUGGGAAGCAUUGUAGUCAACAGGGGCCAGCAUCCCUGUGGAACGUUUUCGACAACUUGUAGAGCCCCAUGCCCUGACGAAUUGAGGCUGUUCUAAGGGCAAAAGGGAAGUGCAUAUAUAAACUACCGUUCAAAAGUUUGGGGUCACUUAGAAAUGUCCUUCGAAAGAAAAGCAAUUGAUUUGUCCAUUAAAAUAUCAUCAAAUUGAUCAGUAGUACAGUGUAGACAUUGUUAAUGUUGCAAACUGUCUCUAACCAGAAUAGAAAGAGGAGUGGGAGGCCCCGGUGCACAACUGAGCAAGAGGACAAAUACAUUAGAAUGUCUAGUUUGAGAAACAGAUGCCUCACAGGUCCUCAACUGUCAUCUUCAUUAAAUAGUACCCGCAAAACACCAGUCUCAACGUCAACAGUGAAGAGGCGACUCCGGGAUGCUGACCUUCUAGGCAGAGUUCCAAAGAAAAAGCCAUAUCUCAGACUGGCCAAUAAAAAGAAAAGAUUAAGAUGGGCAAAAGAACACAGACACUGGACAGAGGAAGAUUGGAAAAAAGUGUUAUGGACAGACAAAUCGAAGUUUGAGGUGUUCGGAUCACAAAGAAGAACAUUUGUGAGACGCAGACGCAAUGAAAAGAUGCUGGAGGAGUGCUUGAUGCCAUCUGUCAAGCAUGGUGGAGGCAAUGUGAUGGUCUGGGGGUGCUUUGGUGGUGGCAAAGUGGGAGAUUUGUACAGGGUAAAAGGGAUAUUGAAGAAGGAAGGCUAUCACUCUAUUUUGCAACGCCAUGCCAUACCCUGUGGGCGGUGCUUGAUUGGAGCCAAUUUCCUCCUACAACAGGAAAAUGACCCAAAGCACAGCUCCAAACUAUGCAAGAACUAUUUAGGGAAGAAGCAGUCAGCUGAUCUCAACCCUAUUGAGCUGUUGUGGGAGAAGCUUGACCAUAUGAUACGUAAGAAGUGCCCAUCAAGCCAAUCCAACUUGUGGGAGGUGCUUCAGGAAGAAUGGGGUGAAAUCUCUUCAGAUUACCUCAACACAUUGACAACUAGAAUGCCAAAGGUCUGCAAGGCUGUAAUUGCUGCAAAUGGAGGAUUCUUUCACGAAAGAAAAGUUUGAAGGACACAAUAAUUGUCAAUGACUACAUUUCCUAUUCAAUUUGCUAUAUUUCCUAUUCAAACUCAUUUCAUGUAUGUUUUCAUGGAAAACAAGGACAUUUCUAAAUGACCCCAAACUUUUGAACGGUGGUGUAUGUAUACAGUAUUUCAUGAUGAAAUGCACAUUACAUUUCUGUAAAAUGUGUUGUGAAAUGCAUUGUUAUAGAAAUAAAGUUUGAUUUGAUUCAAUCGAUUGUCUUACCUGCUUUUGUGUCUGUUUUCAGGUCCCGGCUAAGGUUCUCCAGUAAAAUCACCCCAGUCCUUAAUGUCUCUGACAUGAGGCCUAAAGUGCUAUACUGCUUGGAUGAGGGGAGCACAGUAAGUACUUCACUGUGCUGUGGUCUCUUGUCUACAGUGAUAAUUGUCGCAUGAAAUUCUGUUAUCAGUACUUUUACUCCUUAAACCCAUGAACGUUUGUCAUGCUUGUCUUUUUGCAGGGGUUUAACGGCCUGUCGAUAGCUGGCCUAGAGGCCUUCAUCAAGGAGCAGGAACUAGCGGUGAUGUGUGAUGCAGAGGCUGAGAGGGAAUGCAGUCCAGGCCUCACAGGAGAACUUGGAGGCUGUGGAUGCCCACAGAAUAAAUUACCAGGUGCAUCCAUUCAAGAUUCUGGUAAGGACUGUGCAAGGAAUGUGGAUUUUUUUAGUAGUUGUGGGUGCGUAAACGUACACAAUGACACCUCUCACAAUAUUGUUCAAUUCCCCAUUAGUUCAAUACAGGAACUAAGUUCAUACAAAAAUCUUGGCUUGUGAUAAAGUUCCGUUUCUGGCCCGGUUUAUGAAUGUGCAGUGUUUUGGAAUGUGGACAGCACAGAAGGUUAAGGUCCUCUAACUGAUCUUGCCUGUUCCUUCAAUCUCCACACAUGGAAGACUAGCAGUCUGUUGUAUUUCUCCAAUCCAGUGAAUGGCCCUAGAAAAAAGGGUGAUCUCUUUGACAUCAUAUGUAAACUAUCUCCCACGACUUGACAUUGGAAUGAGCAUGUCCCUUUUAAUUAUAUCAAAAUUGCUGGGGCGUCCAUGUUUAAAGUCUGCUCAUUGUCUUGUCUGAAAGGAGACGUGUUUCAGAUGUGGGCCAGACUUUCAUGGUGAGCCGUCUGGCUCCCUCUCACUGACCAGACAGGUCUGAAACAUCCCGUUCCAAAUCUCUCAUGAACAUUUCAAGGGUGAAAAGUAAACAACCUGAAUGCUGUGACCAGCAUACCCAUGCAGUACUAUAAUGUCACCACUAGAGGGAAGUAUUGGCAAACAUUUGUUUUGGGGUAUUUAAAAGAGAAAUUCAUUUUUUGUCUAUGCUGAGAAAUCUGUCCAGGAGCAAGAGCUUACAGGUUGUGUCAAUGUUUGACAUUGUGUGGAUCAUAGGUUUUUCCUUUUUAGCAGAUUCCCUCUGACAAAUGUUGCCAAUAAUGUUGAAGACAUACAGUAGAUAUCCAACACUUACGUGAGGCUUUAGUGUAUUUUCAUAUUUCAUUGCCAGAAUGCUAUUUUGUAUUUCUGGUUGAAAACUGAGAUGCAGUUGCUCUCUCUAAAUGAUUUUACUUUGGACCACUGCUAAUGCAUUGUAAAAAGUGAUACAUACACAAUGCUUCAAACCUAAUGGUGUUUAAUGUGCUUGUUUCAAGCAUGUGGGCUACUUUGUAAAGUGUGCAUGUGUGUGUGUGUGUGCAUCCGUGUCAUUUACGUGUGUGUAUGUGUGUUUUGUGGUACUGUCCACAGUGGCAGAGACGGCCCUGGCUGACGUGGCCCUAGACAUCAUGUGUCUGCUGAUGAAAGACCAGUGGAGCUGGCUGUGCACCGACAACAUCCGGAAGACUAUCCGGCUGCUAUUUGGAACCCUCAUUGACAGGUACUGUACUAAUGCAUGGACCAUAGAUAUAUCAUUAUUACUCUACUCCAUUCUAUCAAGUCCACCAACACUGGUUGACAUCUGUCACCACUUACCAGUCAGCCACUGCCCUCCCAUAUCUAGUACAUAA